UCAGCUUUUAGGAAGUUGCCAAGAAGUUGCUCUUUUUUCUUUUGACGCCUCACCUCUGUGACCAACUUGUAUUCUUGGCUAGCGUUGUUUCUUCUGCAAUCCACUCUCAACGAUGGCCUUCCACGGAGUUGCUUCGUCUUCUUCUUCAUCUUCCUCUUCCGAUCGUCAAUGGGAUUACGAUGUGUUCUUGAGCUUUAGAGGUGAAGAUACUCGCAACAAUUUUACCGCUCAUCUCUACGCCGCUUUGGAUCGAAACGGAAUCAACACCUACAAAGAUGAUGUCAACCUCAAGAGAGGAGAGAACAUUUCACCAGAACUUCUUAACGCUAUUGAGAAGUCAAGGAUUUCAGUCAUUGUGUUAUCUCAAAACUAUGCAUCAUCUUCAUGGUGCUUGGAUGAACUUGCAAAGAUCUGUGAUUGUAAAGAAAUGAAGGGACAAAUCGUUGUACCGGUGUUUUACAAGGUACAUCCAUCAGAAGUACGAUAUCAAAAAAAGAAUACUUUUGGUGAAGCAUUUGCUAAACAUGAAGAAAGAUUCAAGGAUGAUCGCAUGAAGGUUCAAAGGUGGAAGACAGCGCUAACAGAAGUGGCUAGUUUGUCAGGGUGGCAUUCAGAGAACAGGAACGAACCUGAAUUAAUUCAAGAAAUCAUUGAAUGGGUGAAUUCGAUAUUAGUAAAAGAAACAUGCUUUCAAGUUGCCCCGUAUCCUGUUGGAAUAGAGUCAUGUGUACAAGCUGUGAAGUCGCUUUUAGAUAUGGAGAAUAAAGAAAGUAUACACAUGGUAGGGAUCUUCGGAAUUGGUGGAAUUGGUAAGACAACUCUAGCCAAAGCCAUCUACAAAUCGAUUGCUUCUCAGUUUGACAAUAGGUGUUUUCUUAGUGACAUUAGAGAAACUUGCAGCCAAACAGGCGGUCUGAUUAGUUUGCAAAAUAAACUUCUUUCUCGGAUCCUAGGAUGCUCAAGUCUAACAAUUGACAAUGUUGAUGAAGGAAUUGGUUUGAUAGAGCAAAGGCUUCGCCUAAAAAGAGUACUUUUAGUUCUUGAUGAUGUGGAUCAGUCAGUACAACUAAAAAAAUUAGCUGGAAAAGCUAAUUGGUUUGGCUUAGGAAGUAGAAUCAUCGUAACAACAAGAGAUGAAAAUUUACUAACUAAGCAUCAAGUUUUAAGAUAUGAGGUGAAGGAAUUGGAUUGCAAUGAAGCUCUUCAGCUCUUUAGUUAUCAUGCCUUCGAUAGAGAUAGACCUAAUGAUGGUUAUGUGGAAGUUACAAAAGAUGCAGUGCGAUAUGCCGGAGGAUUGCCACUAGCUUUAGUGGUGUUAGGCUCGACUCUAAAAGGUAGAGAUAUACGUUAUUGGGAAAGUAAAUUGGACGAGUACAAAAAAAUUCCUCACAGUGAUAUUCAAAAUAAACUUAGAAUAAGUUUUGAUGGAUUGGAUGAAAAUGCGCAGAGUAUUUUCCUUGACAUCGCUUGCUUCUUCAAAGGAGAGAAUGUAGAAUAUGUCAAAAAAAUGCUAGAUAGUUUUGGUUUUAUAUCAUAUAGUGGCAUCAAAGAGCUAAAGGAAAAGUGUCUCAUAACUGAGUCGUCUUCGGGAUCAUUGGUGAUGCAUGACUUGCUACAAGAAAUGGGUAGAGAAAUUGUUAGACAAGAAUCACCUAGAGAUCCUGGCAAGCGCAGCAGAUUGUGGUUUCAUGAGGAUGUUCGGUGUGUCCUAGAAGGAGAUAUGGGAACAAACAAAGUUGAGGGCAUAUUGAUAGAUUUGCCAGGUCCAGACCUCAUAAUACAGCUGAGUCCUAAAACCUUCAAGAAGAUGAAAAUGCUCAGAUUGUUUAUAAACCGUAAUGCACACUUUUCUGAAGAGCCUAAUAUUCACUCUAAUGAAUUAAGAGUAAUAGAUUGGGCUGAAUAUCAAGGAGAAUCUUUUCCAUCCAAUUUUCGUGGAAAGAACCUUGUGAUUUUAAGAAUGGCUCACAGUCGCAUCAAGAUAUUGGAAGGAGUUCAGCAUUUCCAAAACUUGACAACUAUGGAUUUCUAUAACUGUAAAUUCCUUGAAAAAAUCCCUGAUGUUUCAAAGAUCCCAAAUUUAGAGUCGUUGAAACUUGUUGAUUGCGAAAAUCUGGUUGAGGUUCAUUGUUCUGUUGGAUUCCUUGAUCAGCUUGUUGAGUUGAUCAUUACAUCCUGUUCUAAUCUUAGAAGUUUUCCGAAAAGCUUAAAGUUGAGAUCUCUAAAAUAUCUCGAAUUUUUUGGUUGUUCAAUGCUUAAGAACUUUCCUGAAAUUGAUUGUCGAAUGGAAUGUUUAGAGGAUAUCUACUUUUAUGAUACUGGUAUAGAAGAACUGCCUUCUUCCAUUGGGUACCUUGUUGGACUUAAAAAAUUACAUCUAGACAAUUCCAAAAACCUUAUGAAUCUUCCGGAUAACAUUCAUCAACUGCAACAUUUAGAGUCUCUUGGUCUCAAUGGUUGUAUUGGUAUAAAAGAACUCCCUUCAUCCUUUGGGUACAUGGGUAGGAUUGAGAGAUUACUUCUAAACAAUUGCACAAACCUUACGAAUCUUCCAGAUAGCAUUUAUCAGUCACAAAAUUUAGUGUAUCUUUCUCUCGACAAUUGUUCAAAAGUCAAGUUUGUAGAUAAGGUAGAGGAUAAUAGACAAUCCAUACCCUCUAUUGUAUCUCUAGAGGAAUCUGCAAUUUCAUCUGGGACAGAAUUACUCCAAUUGUUACCUUCGAAAAAUUCAAGUGGUUCUAUUGAUGAUUCUUCCUCAAUAGUAUUUUCAAAACUUCGAGAGUUGAAUCUUAGAAAUUGUACCCUAUCAGAAUCAAAUUUCUUCAGCACACUUGAUUGUGGCUCCAUGUUGUACAAAUUAAUUCUAUCAGGGAGUGAUAUUGUUACCAUUCCACGAUGCAUCGAAAGUUUUGUUAGAUUGAAGUUCCUUGAUUUGAAUGAAUGCAAGCAACUUCGAAAAAUUUUAGGACUUCCACCAAAUGUAGAAAAGGUAGAAGCUAAGGGGUGCUUGUCAUUGGAAAUAUUUUUAGAAGAAGGUAGAAGAUCUCAAUUGUUUGAUACGGAGGAGCCACCAGAGCCUGUGGGGGUUAGAACGGUAAUUCCAGGACAGCAAUCAUUGACAGACCUACAUCUAUCAGGUAGCGCAAUUGUUAGCCUUCCUACAUGGUUCAACAGAUUUGUUGGAUUGAAGAAACUUUACUUGGAAGAUUGCAAGCAGCUUCGAGAAAUUCUAGGACUCCCACCAAAUGUAAUAAAAGUGUCUGCUAAGGGGUGCGUGUUAUUGAAAAUAUUUUUAGAAGUAGCUAGAAGAUCUCAUUUGUCUAAUACCGUGGACCCACCAGAGCUUGUCGGGGUUGAAGCGGUAUCUCCAACACAGCAAUCAUUGGAAGGAAUGUUUCAACUUGAAUGCCCUUUCAACAGUUUGGUACGUCUAGAUCUAUCAAGUAGUGCUAUUGUUAGCCUUCCUUCAUGGUUCAACAGAUUUGUUCCAUUGCAUAGCCUUAGCUUGGAAGGUUGCAACCAGCUUCGAGACAUUCCAGAACUUCCGCCAAAUAUAGAAUAUGUAUAUUUGGGUAGAUGCACGUCUUUGGAAAGAUUGCCAUUUAAUAACAUAAACGAUUUGCCAAUGCUUCGAUGGAUUGACUUCUCGGAUUGCCCUGAACAUAUAGGGAAUGAUGUACAAUAUCAUUUACUCAGUGAGGGAAAUCGUAAGGUCCGUAUAUUUGGCUGUUUAUUUCAGGGAAACAAAAUUCCAGAUUGCUUCAGCUAUCGUAAAGAGGUUUCAAAUACUAAUUUGUGUGAAAUGGAAAUCAACGGGCCUGUACAUUUGAAUUCAAAGAAUACAACAUUUGCUUUCUCUGCUGUUAUUGGAAUGAGUGAUGGACAAGAUGGAGAUAUUUUUCAGAUUCAUGUUGAAGUCACCAAUAAUGGUCAACCAAUCAAUUAUAGUUCCUCCAUGGAGACAUAUAAGCCAGCCAGCUCAGAAUGUGUAUGGUUGGAUUACAAUGGUUCAUGCCAUUCUCAGCUAAAGACGGAUAAUCUUUGAGUUAAAUUUGAGUGCAAGGAUUUCAGUUAUAAUCCUUCAAAGACAGUGUUCUUUAAAAGUUGUGGAUUCCAUAUAGAACAAAGAUAUGAAGAGGAAGCGAUAGGUUUAAUGGAUGGUGUUGAACUUUCUAAGAGAUGUCGCGAUGAUGAUGGUGAUGGCAACUUGGAAGCCAAUUUGUACCCCCAACAAAAGAGGGACAAGAGAUAAUCUUGGGACCAGAAAAUUUUAUAGCUGCUAAGAUCUGAGAAUGAAAUGCUUCUCAACACCUUGUGAUGGACUCUACUCUACCUCCAUGGCAAACUGGUGCUUCCAUGUGUCAGGCCUAUAUUACAGGCACCUGCUUUUGUGAUCUGCCUUCUGCCAAGGAAUUUCAGAUGCAGAGGAUAUGGUGAAUUGCAAUUACAUCAAUCAAAUCACCCCAGAACUUGGGUUAUAAUAAUGAAUGAUGAUGAUGAUAUAGACAUUAGCUUUAUUUUGAGAAAUGGUGAUGGACGGUGGUGGUACAAUCAAAGGGCUAGUUAGCAACCUUGAGUCAAAGGAUUCAACCAGUCUUGUGUGUUUUGGGCUUUCAGAAAUGCAUAUUACAAAGCUAUCCAAACCAAAGUUGUUGUGCUCCAUUUUCUUAUGGCUUGUGAAACUAAUCCAGCCUCCUAAAAGUGGUAUGAUGAAAUGGUUUGAAAUACUGCUUUCUAAAGCACAUACUCCCUUGUCUUGUUUUCCAUUUUGAAUAUUAAUCCCAAUAGCCUUUUGUUUUUGGAUUGAUAAGUAAAUAAGUACUUUGCUUUCUAUCCUAUUCUUACUUGGAAUGGAAGUGCUAUUUAUUUGAAUCAUGAUCUUCAUGUUGCUGCAGGCCCUAGGAGAUUGCCACAACUCUAUUAUCGUUGCCCAAAUUACAUUUAAACUGGAUUUUAGCUUUAUGCUUCUGCUUAGGCUGAGCUAAAUGACAAAUUCUUGUAGUGUGUUCUGUAAGGAUAUAAAUUUCCUACAAUUCAUCUUUUUUUUUUGGACAAAAGCACUAUUCACUUUAAUCGGAGGACGGUUCUCUCAAUUUCAAAUGAAAUAUAUUGUAUC